GCGUCCUCCUCGGCUGAGCCGGCUCAUGAGUGGCUUCCCUCUGAGUGGUGACACAGCACUUAAAAUGUGGCCCAGUGCAGUAAGUCGAGGGGUCUGGUUAAGAUUACACGAGAGUCAAACUGUUCUCGUCGAGUAAAAGUCAAAAGAUGGAGGCCCCGUCACUUUGCUGAGUCAGUUUGGCAUUUCCAGGCAAACUUUUGGCCCACCUUUUCCAGUAAGAACCAACACAGCUGAUGCUCCUCCUCCACAACAGAAUUGCCUUUUUAUGUCACAUGGAAAACCUGAACAAAUUGCGUGAAUGUCACCCUCACACACUUCAGGGUCAACAAACAUCCCUCACAAUGAACUUGCUGUGUUGUCAGCAGGCUUAUAUUGUGCAAUGGGAAGCACCAGCAGACCGUCCACAAACGGAGACACCGAGCAGCAUGCACACGUCUCUCUUCAUCGGCCAAAUCGUUGGCAUCCUCUCCCUCUCUGCCUUGCUGCUCUUCGCCUUUGCCAAGCUGGUUUCCCGCCACAGCUGCGGCCGCGUGCAGGACGGUAACGGCUACGCUGUGCUGAUAACGGGCUGCGACAGCGGCUUCGGGCACCAGCUGGCUCAAAGUUUGGACCGCAAAGGGUUUGUGGUCUUCGCUGGGUGUUUAUUCCCACAAGGAGCCGGCGCCCAGAGCCUGGCCAGACAGAGCUCCCAUAAUCUGAAAAUCCUCAAGCUGGACGUCACCAGCGAUGAGGAGGUGCAGCAGGCGAAGAAGACGGUCCAGGAGAACCUGCCAGAGAAAGGCCUGUGGGCGGUCGUGAACAACGCUGGAAUCUCAGACUGGGCCGAGAUCGAAUGGAGCACCAUCGAAGACUUUCGCAACAUGGCGGACAUCAACCUGUUCGGCUCCAUCAGGACCUCGAUCGCCUUUCUGCCGCUGGUUCGUGCCACCAAAGGCCGGAUGGUCUACACAUCGAGCAUCUUUUCCUUCUUCAACUGCCUGAACAUGGCAGCUUACAGCGUGUCGAAGAGAGGACUGGAGGCGUUUGUCGACUGCCUGAGGGUGGAAAUGGCCAGUUUUGGUAUGAAGGUCAGCAUCAUCCAGCCGGGAAGCUUCGGCCAAGCCACCAACAUCCUGAAGAUGAAAACAGGUUUUGAUUGGGAAAAGUUAGAUGAGGACCAGAAGCAGAUAUUUAACCGGCAGUACGUCGAGCUGGCCAACAAGUACUUCAUCGACAUGGUCAUCGAUGCGAUGCUGCACGCGCUCACGUCCGCCCAUACCGUCAUUUUCCAGGAAAAGUCCUGUGAUGAACAAAUGCUCACCACAUGCCUGAUGGGACUGGUGCCAAGAGAGGCAGUGAGGAAGCCACAAAAGUCUGCCUGCAGCUGGUGUUGGGGAGGAACUGGUCAAAUGUGA